GCCAGCGCGCGGCUGGGGGCUCGCCGCAGGCAGCUCCGGACCCGCUCCCGCUCCAGCUCCCGCUCCCGCUCCCGCGCCCUCCCCGAGACCCGAGCCCGCGACCCGCCGAGUACUUAACGCAGCGACCCGGACGCAGCGGCUGGAAGGUGCGACUGGGGGAUCCGACAUGAACUACGCGCGCUUCCUCACGGCCACCAGCGCGGCCCGGAGGCCUUCGGCCAUCCGCAUCCUCAGUGAGUCAGACCUCCCGCGUGUCCUCGCCCGCGCCGGGGUCGCCCCGGCGCCCCCCGUGCCAGGUGCCCGCGAGGCCGCCGAGUUGAUGAACAGAUCGCCCCCGUCUCUCAUCUCCUUGGCUACCGGGUCGCCGAACCCCAACACUUUCCCUUUUAAAUCGGCCGUCAUCACCGUGGAGAACGGCAAGCCCAUCCACUUCCAAGAGGGGAGCAUGCACCGAGCCCUCCAGUAUUCCCAGAGCGCCGGCAUCCCAGAGCUAUUAUCCUGGAUCAAAGCAUUACAAAUAAAAUUGCAUAAUCCUCCCACUGUCAAUUAUCCAGCCAAUGAAGGACAAAUGGACAUUUGUAUCACAAAUGGCAGCCAAGAUGGCCUUUGCAAGAUGUUUGAAAUGAUGGUUAACCCUGGAGAUAACAUCCUCUACAAUGAACCAAUUUAUUCAGGAACACUUCAAGCUCUACAACCGCUAGGUUGCAACUUUAUUAAUGUCGCCAGUGACAAACAGGGGAUUAUUCCAGAGUCCCUCAAAGAAGUACUUUCCAAAUGGAAGCCGGAAGAUGCCAGGAAUCCCAACAAAAACACCCCCAAAUUUCUGUAUACAGUCCCAAAUGGCAACAACCCUACUGGAGACUCUUUCACAGUUAACCGCAAAAAGGAAAUCUAUGAGCUUGCACAAAAAUAUGACUUUCUCAUCAUCGAAGAUGACCCCUACUAUUUUCUCCAGUUUAAUAAGCCGUGGGUGCCAACAUUUCUUUCAAUGGACACUGAUGGCCGAGUCAUCAGGGCUGACUCACUUUCAAAAGUCCUCUCCUCUGGGUUGAGAGUAGGGUUUCUAACUGGCCCAAAACCCUUAAUAGAAAGAAUUAUUUUACACACUCAAGUGUCAACAGUACACAGCAGCACUUUUUCACAGAUUCUUGUAUCAGAGCUUCUCCACCAGUGGGGUCAAGAGGGCUUCCUGGCUCACAUAGACAGGGUUACUGACUUCUACAGGACCCAGAAGGACGCACUAUUGGCAGCCGCAGACAAGUGGCUAAGUGGUUUGGCAGAAUGGAAUGAUCCCACUGCUGGAAUGUUUGUAUGGUUUAAAAUUAAGGGCAUUUCUGAUGCAAGACAACUGAUUGAAGAAAAAGCCUAUAAGAAAGAGGUACUGAUGGUUCCUGGCAAUGUUUUCUACAAUGAUAGGUCAGUUCCCUGUCCUUACUUUAGAGCAUCCUUCUCCUUAGCUUCUCCGGAACAGCUGGAUUUGGCCUGCCAAAGAGUAGCCCAACUUAUAAAAGAAAGUGUGUGAAGAAGUUAAAGUCAACUCAUAGAAUUAAAGUAUUGAUGGAUUUUUCAGAUAAAUCAUUUUUGAUUUAUCAGGAAGAAAUGAUGAUUGGGGUUAGAAUUUCAGAUUGAAUUUCAUCAAGUAUGUCCUAUCUAUAAUAAAAUUUAAACAAUUUUAAAUUUAUCAGAUUUCCUUAUAUAUUUAUAAUCUGCUAAGACCUUUUGAUAAGUUUUCAACUUGCAAAAUACCACUUUUAUUCUGAACUUUAUAAAGAAUUCUGUGGGUGUUUUGUAAUUAAUUACCCAAAUUUUUAUUUGAUACUGUCAUUUUACAAUAAAUUAUUUUGAAAGUAAAU